CCUUAAGCCGCAGUUAGCCGUAGCAGCAAAAUGGCGACGGUUGUUCCUGCCGCUAGUAAGUCGACAGUGGCGCUCCUUUGCUUCUUGCCGUUGCUUCUGCCUCUUGCAGUUUCUGCAGGAGGUGGCGGAUCGGAUUUGGGGUGCGCCUCCGGCGGCGAGUCCGACGGCUGCCGAGACAAGAGCUUGGCGUUGAAGCUGAGGGUGGGGGCCAUAUUCGUGAUCCUGGCUGCCGGCGCCGCUGGCGUCUGCAUUCCCGUCGCGGGGAGGUCCUUUCCCUCCCUCUCUGCAGAGAGCGACGCCUUCUUCGUGAUGAAGGCGUUCGCCGCCGGGGUCAUCCUGGCCACCGGCUUCAUCCACGUGCUGCCCGAUGCCUUUGACAGCCUGGGGUCGCCGUGCUUGAACAAGAAUCCCUGGGCCAGGUUCCCCUUCGCCGGCUUCAUAGCCAUGGUGACGGCCAUGGGGACGCUGGUGCUGGAGACGGCGGCCGCCGGCUAUUACAGGAAGGCGGAGCUCAGCAAGGCCGCGCCGGUUUCAAGCAGCGACCUUGAUGGAGAUGUCGAGGCCAAGGAGGAAGUGCCCGUGCACGAUCACCACAGCCACGGCGCCCAUGCACAUGCUCAUGGUGCCCAUCUCCAUGGCACCCAAUCUGAGCUCAUCCGCCAUAGGAUCAUUUCCCAGGUUUUGGAGUUGGGGAUCGUGGUGCACUCGGUGAUUAUAGGGAUCGCAUUGGGGGCUUCUAACAGCCCAUGCACCAUCAGGCCGUUGAUAGCUGCCUUAAGUUUCCAUCAGUUCUUUGAAGGAAUGGGUCUGGGUGGGUGCAUAGUUCAGGCCAAGUUUAAGUUGAAAACUACAGCUUCAAUGACAAUCUUCUUCUCCAUUACAACCCCUGUUGGGAUAGGGAUAGGGAUGGGGAUAUCGUCUGCUUACAAGGAAAACAGUUCGACAACUCUUGUGGUUCAAGGGUGCUUCAACGCUGCCUCUGCAGGAAUUCUCAUCUAUAUGGCUCUUGUCGAUCUGCUUGCUGCUGAUUUCAACACUCCCAAGUUGCAGAACAACUCAAAACUCCAGAUCAUCACCAAUGCUUUCCUUCUCCUUGGAGCUGGCUUAAUGUCUCUCUUGGCUAAGUGGAACUGAUCUGCUAGAGAGAGAGAGGGAGAGAGAUAGAGUGAACAACCAAUAUAUAUAUAUAUAUAUAUAUAUAUAGUUAGAGUUGUGAAAAAUAGGAAAAGAGAAUCAUAAUUUCACAUGAAAAGAGGAACGCUUUUCUUUUCCACCUUUGUAGAAUAGAGAGCUAACAAGGCCUGAAAUAGAAUACAUGCCUCUUUUCCCAUGUACAUAACCAGUUAUAUAUUUAUGGUCAUGAAGCUGAAACGUCAUCAACGUCAGAUGUUACAGUCUACAGCAGAAAUGUAUUGA